GCGUGAUGGAGCAGCGCCCCUGGCAGGGGGGCGGGCGGGGCAGGUGUCGCUGAGAGAUGAGCCCCGCCCGGGCGGCUGGUGCUCUCUCCAGGUGAGCAUUGCUCAGAGCAGCGGGAAAUGACUGCUGGGAGCGGGUGUGAGGUGGCAGCCAGCCCCGACGCUGGCGCAUAGCAGUCCCGGGAGCUGGGUGCUAGGAGCUCCACUCCCCGCCGUGGACAUCAGGAGCAGCUGGAGUGCCGCCUCCCCGCCACCACCAGGGUCGGGGCAGCAUGAGCCGGGCAAGGCACGUGGGCAAGAUCCGGAGACGCCUGGAGGAUGUCAAGAGCCAGUGGGUCCCGCUGGCCAGGGCCGACUUCAGCGACCACGAGAGCGCCCGGCUGGCCACAGACGCCCUCCUGGACGGCGGGCCUGAGGCCUACCAACAGGUGCUCAGCCAGGAAGGCGAGGUGGACUUCUUGUCCUCCGCGGAGACCCAGUACAUCCAGGCCCAGGCCAAGGAGCCCCCCUGUACCCCGGACACCCCGGGAGGGGCCGAGGCCGGGACCAAGGGCCUGGACUCCUGCUCCCUGCAGUCAGGGACCUACUACCCUGUGGCCUCGGAGGACAGCGAGCCGGCCCUGCUGCACACCUGGGCCUCGGCCGAGAAGCCCUACCUGAAGGAACCGUCCAGCGCCACCGUGUACUUCCAGACGGACAAGCACAGCAACAUCAGGGACCUCAUCCGCCGCUGCAUCACCCGGACCAGCCAGGUCCUGGCCAUCCUGAUGGACGUGUUCACGGACGUGGAGAUCUUCUGUGACAUCCUGGAGGCGGCCAACAAGCGCGGGGUGCUGGUCUGCGUGCUGCUGGCCCAGGGAGGCGUGCCCUCCGACCGGCACCUCAAGAACAUUUCCAUCCGGAGUGUGGAAGCAGAGGUGUACUGCGCCAAAUCAGGCAGGAAGUUCGCCGGCCAAGUCCAGGAGAAGUUCAUCAUCUCGGACUGGAGAUACGUCCUUUCUGGAUCGUACAGCUUCACCUGGCUCUGCGGACACGUCCACCGGAACAUCCUCUCCAAGUUCACGGGCCCGGCCGUGGCGCUGUUUGACCAGGAGUUCCGCCAGCCCCACGACAGCCCCCUCGCUCUGUACAGCAAACUCAGCGCCUGCAGGCCCCCGCGCCUGCAGCUGGAGCAGCUGGGCCUGCUGCCCAGGGCGCCCCAUGUCUGGAGGCCGUUCCUACAGGCCUCCCCUCAUUUUUGAAGGCCCCCCCCCAUGCUGCCCUCCCAGGACCCCUGGGAACCCACCUCAAUGACCGGCAGCUUUGCUUCCUGUAGAACUAAAGGCACCUGGACAACACUGGUGCCUGUUCGAAUGUUCUCAGGCCUGAGAGCGUUCACUUGCCAACCCCACCAGUCCCUGGGUUCCCCUCUCUAGUUUGGACUACGCAGCACAUUCCAGAAGGUUCCAGGGUGGCGGCGUGGGGAACUAGAGGACAGAUGGUCAAAGUAGGGCCCUUCCUUCCAAAGAGCAGCCAGUGCCUCCACAUGCCCAUUCUUUGACUCGCUGGGAUGCGAGAAGGGCAGAUGCAGCCACGUUUCAUAGAUGGGUAAACGGGCACCGAGCAAUAGAGGGUGGUGUGACCAAGGUGCUCCGUUUCCCAGUUCGCAGGAACAGCCUUCUCCCCAGAGAUUCGGGAGAGAGAUCGGGGAGAAGGCCUGGGUGUUUCUGGGAGGGGGGACAGCUCCUGCUCCCUGGAAGGCGGAAGCCUGGGUAUCCCUGGGCCCGAUGGCGUAGGGAUGAGGCCCCACAACUGCCACUGUAAGCCGUGUGGGGCCGGUGGAGACUGCAGCGGCAGAGAGGGGCAGGCCGGGGAUCGCGGUGGGCAAGGCAGCUCGGCAGCUCCAUGCUGAGUCACUUCCAGGCUGACGCUCCCAGAGCGUCCAGAGCAGGUGCAGUUGGCCUCAAGGUGGAGGCCCCUCCAGGGGGCCGCGUUCCUAAGAGACUGUGGUGAGCAGCCCCCCCACGU